AUGUAUCAUACUAUCAUUAUCUAUCUAAUUUCACGUGGUCAGGAGGAGUUGAGCUCAAAACUACGAAAGCGUCCAGGUCAUGAUCUACCACCAAAGGUUCCUACAGUUGCCAAAUUUACUAGAAGUUCAGAUAGCCUCUUAUCAAAUUAUUCAUCAUCUCCAAAUCAAAAGACAUUUGCUAGUCCAUAUUCAUCCUACCCAUCUACAACAACUCCACUUAGUACACAUGAGUAUAUCAAUUCAGCACCAUCAUCAGUCAAUGCUUCAGGUUUAAUCAGUUUACAGCAUCGACUAGCUGUCAGUAGACCUCGAAAUCGUCGUCCACCUACAAAAGCUACCAAUCAUCAAUCAGAAAAUAUUGAUGACAACUUUGUCUGCUUCUUUUCCCCAUCAUCAUCAUCUACCAAUGUGCCAAUUAAUUCUUUCAUAUCAACUCCCAAUCCUCAAUUGGAUCUAAUCAAAGAGGAAGGUGAAGUAGUAGUAGUAGAAGAAGAGGAAGAAGAAAUCAAUAAAACGUCUGAUCAUACAACAUUGCCUAGUUCAGUAGAUGUGGAUUUGACAAGUUUUUCAAGCAUUAUAAAUACCGAGGAAACUAUUCAUGAUAGUCAGAAUUCAAGUCAGUUUAAUUCUCCAGUAUCAUGGAUUAGCUUGAAAGGAAGCAUCAAAUCCUUCUGUAAAUCGGACUCUUUGAAACGUGAAUCUCAACCCUCCCUUCAACCUGAUUAUACAACUGGAUGGGAUCAUGAUACACCAACACCGUAUAAACCACCGAAGAAAGGAAUUGGAUUUGAACGAAUAAAGUUGAAUUCAUUCAUUGAAUCGGAUCGUAUAAUAACACCAUUAUCACAUAAUCAUGAAGUGGUGACUGGUGGUGGUCAGAAUAUCCGUCCACAUUCCAUGUUCAUUGCAUCCAGUGUGAAGGGGGAGACAACACAGAAUAGUGUAAAACUAAAGCCUGUAAAUAUACUGAAUGAUCUCGACGAUAAACAACAACAACAACAACAUGAUGAAAGUUUAUCAUUUACAUCUUCUGAAUCUAUCCCAUCAAUUGUAUUCAUACCGUGUAAAUCGUCUGUUGAAAAAGUUUCUCGUGAUUGUAAUGAAGCUAAGGAGGAUAUCAAUGAUUCUGGAUGGCCGAUUGUAAAGAAAUCUAUUUCAAUCGACCCAGAAGAAUCUACCAAUAAAUACUCUUCAAGUUCACUUGUUCAACCGAUGCCUAUUCUUCGAAAGCAUGCUGAAAAUGCUAAAGUAUGCUGA